AUGUCCAGACAGAUAGGACUGGAGGGGGUUCAGGCAUCAGUGUGUUCUCGAUGGGAUGCACAGAGCAACAAGGGCCUCUCUCUGGAUGGUGAUGUGAUAAUCGGAGGUCUCUUUAAUGUCUAUCACUUGCCUUCAUUUACAGAGCAGGACUUCACUAAAAAGCCAUAUUAUGAGCCUUGCACUGGUUUGAACUUGGUGCCAUUUAAGUUAAUGUAUGCUAUGGCAUUUGCGGUGGAGGAGAUAAAUCGUAACAACAGUCUGCUACAAGGAGUGAAGCUGGGUUACCGUAUGCUAGAUAGCUGUGGCCGAUACCCUUGGGCUCUGCAGUCAGCUCUGUCACUUAUUGGAGGAGACGCACACAGCUGUGGCCAGUCUGCUCCACUGAUCAUUGGGCCUGGAUUGUCUUCAACUGCAACAAUAUUAUCCAGGAUGCUGGGACCUCUCUCUGUACCACUUAUAAGUUAUUCAGCAACUUGCCCUUGUCUCAGUGACAGGGACAAGUUUACAAAUUUUUUCAGAACCAUCCCAAGUGAUGUUUACCAAGCUCGAGCCAUUGCCCGAUUAGUUUUACACUUCAAAUGGACUUGGAUUGGAGCAGUGAUAGCAAACGAUGAUUAUGGUCAUUCUGCAUUACAGGUGUUUCAAGAGGAGAUUCGAGGGAAAAGGAUCUGUUUAGAAUUUAUUCAGACUCUGAGCUGGGAAAAACUAACAAAUGAUGCCAAAAAAUCAGCAAUUACAAUUAAAACUUCAACUGCAAGGGUGAUUCUGAUUUUUUGCUGGUAUACAGGAGUAAUUCAACUCUUUCUUGAACUGGCCAAGAAAAAUGUGACUGACAGACAGUUUCUUGCCAGUGAGGCCUGGAGCACGAGAGAUGAUCUUCUGAAAAAUGUUGCCCUCUCUAAUUUGUCAAGUGGCGUUGUUGGUGUGGCCAUUCGAAGUUCACCAAUACCUGGAUUUGGAAAUUAUAUCAGAAAUUUAAACCCAUAUCACCGUCCAGAUGAUGUGUUCUUUAGAGAAUUCUGGGAACAACAGUUUGGAUGUAGUCCUGGAGCUUCCCUUCAAAAAUCUUCCCUUCCACCUUGCAGUGGAACAGAGUCUCUAGAGGAUGUGCAAAAUCACUUUACAGAUAUGGCGCAUCUGAGGUUGACAUAUAAUAUCUAUCUUGCUGUUUAUGCAGCAGCUCACGCCCUUCACAGCCUUCUCUCCUGCCCAAACAGAGACAGUCCUACAAACAACAGCUCCACCUGCUCCUCUGCAAAACAUAUCAAACCCAGAGAGCUUUUACAGCACUUUAAUAAAGUGAAUAUCUCCACACCACAUGGAGAAAUGUUUUACUUCCAAGGGGCUGAUAUUCCACCCAAGUAUGACCUUGUCAACUGGCAGAAAACCCCUGAGGGUUCACUUAAACUUAUGUUGGUUGGUCAUGUAGAUGAGUCUGAUAUCCACCUAAAUGAAUCAGCUAUUCAGUGGAGCACAGGAUCCAGUGAGGUUCCCGUCUCAGUGUGCAGUAAGAGCUGUCCCCCAGGUACCCGAAUGGCCAACAGGAAAGGAGAACCUGUUUGCUGCUUUGACUGUAUUCCAUGUGGAGAAGGAGAAAUUAGUAAUAUAACAGGUUCCCUCCACUGUGAACGUUGUCCAUCUGAGUUUUGGUCCAAUACUGAGCGAACUGUCUGUAUACGUCGUCAGACAGACUUUCUUUCCUUUAAUGAAACACUGGGCAUUACUCUGACUACAGUAGCUGUGUCUGGUGUCAUAGUGACAACAGCUGUGUUUGUGGUUUUUCUGUACUACCGUCAAACACCUAUGGUCCGAGCCAACAACUCAGAGCUGAGUUUCCUUCUUCUUCUGUCACUGAAGCUCUGCUUCCUGUGUUCUUUGUUAUUUAUUGGUCGUCCAUCAGUCUGGUCUUGUCGGUUCCAGCAGGCAGCCUUUGGGAUCAGCUUUGUACUUUCUGUUUCCUGUCUUCUGGUGAAGACCAUGGUGGUUCUGGCAGCUUUCCGCUCAGCUCGUCCCGGUGCUGCAGCUUUGAUGAAGUGGUUUGGUCCAGGUCUACAGAGAGGAAGUGUCUGCCUGUUCACCAGUGUACAGAUCAUCAUCUGCUCCAUAUGGUUAUCUCUCAGUCCUCCAGUACCUCACCGUGACUUGGGUAUCCAAGGGUCAAAGGUCACUCUGGAGUGUGCCAUGGCCUCUGUGGUGGGCUUCUCUCUGGUUCUGGGCUACAUCGGUCUGCUGGCCUGCACCUGCCUCCUCUUGGCUUUUCUUGCCAGGAAACUCCCUGACAACUUCAAUGAGGCCAAACUGAUCACUUUCAGCAUGCUGAUAUUUUGUGCUGUUUGGGUGGCCUUUGUCCCUGCUUAUGUUAGCUCUCCUGGGAAAUAUGUGGUUGCUGUUGAAAUUUUUGCAAUCCUGGCCUCCAGUUAUGGUUUACUGUUCUGUAUCUUUGCCCCAAAAUGCUUUAUCAUUCUUUUGAGACCUGAAAAGAACACAAAGAAACAUCUGAUGGCCAGAUGA